AAUCAAAUCAUGUGUCAAUUAUUAUUUUUUUUAUUUUGAUAUCGAAAGAUUUAUAUUUGGAAUAUUCUGCCUUAUUUGUGAAUGUAGGAAUGUUCAAAGAGAGCUUUAAAUAUUUCAAAAGAAAAACGCCAGAGCCAGACUUUAGUUCUGUUAUUGAUCUGGACAGCAACAAGUUUGCUUCGCAGGGUCGCCGGAUAGAUCUAAGUAAUGUACCAGAUGUAAAUAAAUGUUUUCCGGGCUUAGAACCGGUGAACAAAUGGGUCGCCUACACCCUUAACUCUUCAGGCCUUAUUGUAAUACGGAAUCCAUUUACUGUGCAGGGUCAACGUUAUUGGAUUAGUCGUUGUUUGCAAGACUAUCCGCGUUAUCCAAAUAUAAAUAAUCUAAGUCCCCAUCUCUUUUCCGUGGAAGUAUUAAAUGAUUGGUGGCGGUCUCUGCACAAAUGCAAUGAUACAAAUGAAGUCCGACGCAUGAGCAUAUCAAUGCGCUGGGCUACACUUGGGUAUCAUCACGAUUGGGAUUCAAAAAAGUAUACCGAAGAGAAGCAUGGAGAAUUUCCGAAAGAUCUUGCUGCAUUGAAUGCAUUUUUUGCGACUGUGCUAGGUUUCAAAAACUACGAAUCUCAAGCGGCAAUUGUAAAUUUUUACCCAAUAGGAACAACACUAUCUGCACACACUGAUCACUCAGAGCCUAAUCGAACGGCACCUUUAUUUUCAUUGAGUUUCGGACAAACAGCUAUAUUUUUAAUUGGUGGAAAAAGUAAAGAAGUCUCGCCUUUAGCAAUUUUCUUACGGAGUGGAGAUUUGCUUGUAAUGUCUGGUGAAUCACGGUUAUUCUAUCACGCAGUACCACGAAUAAUGAAAUCUCCCGAUGAAUCGUGGAACGAUCUAGUACCUACAGCAAGUACCACAUCUUUAAAAACGUCUAGCUGUAAGAAGCCAAGAAUCGAUGCUGAACUUUUGCAAGAGGAAAAUUCAUAUGGAAUCGAUUCGUUACUGUAUAAACAAGUUGUUGAUGAAAGUUUCUGGUUGCCAUUCAAAAAAUAUCUUAAUUUUGCACGCAUUAAUAUUAAUGUACGGCAGGUGUUAAAUAAGGAUGAGACAAACCUCCCAACACCAGAUCAGUCAUUAGAAACUAAAGUUGAAGGUAAUACACCCAAAUAAAUCAGAGUGAGGAUGCUCGUUUAGCUUUAAUUAUGUAUAUUUCAUAUUUAUUUAAUUAAGCAUAAUAAACUUAUAAAAUACAAAGGUACACAUAUACUUAUAUAAUGUACAAAAUGGAUGUAUAUUUGACGAUGGUAAUAGAAGUACCCUUAAUGUAUAAAGCAAGUAAACAUAGCUAAAUACAAUAACAGUACAAAAGCAGCGUUAAUGUGAGUAAAAAAAGAGUUCGUAUUUAAGAAAUGAUAUAUCUGCUACAGUAAUUAAGGAGAAUACUUACCAAACUUUGUAUAAGAAGUACUUCAAAUGCAAAUUGUGUGAUUCAUUAAAAAAUUUUGGAAAAUGCAUAUCAUCCUUCAAUGAGUUUCUUAAUAAAAUGUAACCAAAAUUUGUAUUAUAAUAAUAUAUAAUAAAUUAUUUGGAGUCGAUAUAUUUCAAA